GAGGAACAUCUAAUUUGUUUUUUAUAGCUACGCAAUACUGAACUAGUUCAAUAAGUUAUUUCUAACUGAUUUCAAACGUUUCUUUCGGCCUCCAUUUUUAAAUUGCAUUUUUUAUAAAUAGCACAUGCGCUAUUUAUAGGUUAUGUUACAUGCUCAUGUGAAGAAAUAACAUUUGGAAUAACGUGCCCCGGUGUGAACAUUACUCUUGACGAACAAAAAGAUGUCGGGACGCAAGAAAAAGAACAAGAACAAAUUGUUGGAGAAGCGGCCUCGGCAUGUCCUCGGCAAAGAGCAAAAGUAUUAUCGGGAGACAGGCGAGGAAUCCGCUGAAGACGACAAGGCAGAAGAUGCCGAACAAUCAUUGGUCCAGUUUCCUGUGGCUAUGUGGGACAUGGAGCACUGCGAUCCCAAAAAGUGCUCCGGCAGAAAGCUUGUGAGACACGGCUUGAUAAAGAUCCUACGGCUGGGCGCUCGAUUCCCAGGCUUGUGUCUUACUCCAGUUGGUGAUAAGUGCGUGAGCCCAACGGAUUGCGAGAUCGUACGGGAGUACGGUUGCGCGGUCGUAGAUUGCAGUUGGGCACGCUUGGACGAUACUCCAUUCAACAGGAUGAGGACGCCUCACCCUCGCCUACUGCCAUUCUUGGUCGCCGCUAAUCCGAUAAAUUAUGGAAAACCCUGUCAGCUGAGCUGUGUCGAGGCGAUAGCGGCUACUUUGAUUAUCACAGGUUUUCCGGACGUGGCCAAGCUUUACCUCGAAAAGUUUUCUUGGGGACACUCAUUCCUAGAGUUGAACAGCGAGCUUUUGGAGAAGUACGCUCUCUGCACAAGCAGUGAAGAAGUGAUCGCGGCACAGGAAGAGUACCUGAAGAAAGCCUGGCAAGAGAAAUUAGAUAGGCUUGCACUUCCUGAUUUUCCCGAAAGCGAUACGGAAUCCGAAGAGGAGAAGGAAGAGAAAGAUGGGAAUGCGGUAUCAAAAAUGACAGAGAAAUUAUACGAUAUAAAAAUAUAGAGUAUAGUUAUUAAAAAUAAUUGAAUUUUUAAUAAAGUUCUUGAAUUUCGAAUUUCCAAAGAAUCAUAGUAUCACGUUUUAGAAAUAUAUAAUAAAUAUAUAACAUUAAUUUCUAGGGUUGGGUAAAUCAUAUUAAUAUAUUCUUUUAAUAUUUUUAAUUAAUUAAAAUUAAAGGUAAUUUAAUUUAAUUUACUUUGUUAAAAGUUGCACUUGUAAGAUUAAAUUAAAUUAAAAAUUAAUUUUAAAAAAGGAUUAUUUAUAUAUAGAACAUGACAAUUUUUUAAAAUUAAAUUGCUCUAACAAAGCAGUCAAUCAUUGAAUAGAUUUAAUAUUUUAUUUGUAAAUUAAGUUUAUAUGAAAUAACAAAGAAAUAUUGUUUUUAUAUAAGAAUGUAUUUUUUGUUUCUAAAGUUUAUGUAUUCUAAAAAUAAUUAAAGUAAAAAAUUAUCAAGUUAGAAGUUAUAAACUUUUUAACUAAUUACUCAACUCUGUAAAUUCUUAAGACUAAAAGAAAAAAUAUAUGUAUCUUGUCAAUAUGGAUAAUAGACCUAUUUUUUACAG